CCCCAUCCACAGGCUCUUUGUUUGUUGGAAUCUUUCCGUUCCAUUCCUCUUUCGCUCUAGAGUUCUAUAUCCUGUGAGGGGGGCUUGUUUCUUGGUACAAGGAAGUGUCAUGUCUUUCAAAGGAUAACAACACCCUUUUUAUCUUCUUCUUAUUCUGCUACUUCUUCUUCUUUCUUCUUGUGUUGUUAGUCAUGAGCUGCGUUCUUCUCUGUCAUCGCUGUUGUACACCCACCUAAUUUUGGUCACUGAUAUCUCUCCUACAAUCACUGCUUCGUCUUCUAGUUUUGUGAAAUAGUGGUCGCAUUUAGCGUGAUUUUGCACUUGCAUUUGCUUCUGCGGUUUCUGAACAGUAGUUAGCCAUUCUUUCCAAGUAAAACCCUCUUUUUUUUUUUUUUUUGUACUGAAUUUUCUGGGGAUACGUAUAAAAGGAGUUGAGAAUUCGAGUGACAUGUAGUCGCUUCAAUUCCAUUUUCUUUUUCUUUUUUUUUCGAUUCUUAUCCUCAUCAAAUCUAUUUGUUCCUCGCUUUGCAUCAAACUGAUUCAUACCCGUCGACAAAAGACGAUAUGGAACUGCGCUGGAUCUUUUGCUUCUUUCUUCUGGCAUCCUCACUGUAUGGUCAUGUCUCCGGCAAGGAAUGCACCAACAUUCCUACUCAAUUAUCCUCUCACACGGUUCGUGCUCAGCUUAUGUCCACCACCAACCAAACUUGGAAGGCGCAGAUGCUCUCUUAUUACCACCUAAACCCUACCGAUGAGUCGGCAUGGAUGGAUUUGCGACCAAGAAAGCUACGGAACAAGGAGGCUCCGAUGGAGGAGUUUGACUGGCUGAUGCUCUACCGAAGCAUGAAGGGUUUCGGUGGGGCUAAUAUGCGGCAGCAAGGAAGAAAUUUCCUUGAUGAAGUGUCUCUCCAUGAUGUCCGCCUCGACCCGGAUUCCAUGUAUGGACGAGCCAAGCAGACUAAUCUGGAGUACCUGUUACUUCUUGAUGUCGACCGACUGGUUUGGAACUUUAGGCAUCAAGCUGGUCUUCCAGCUCCUGGUGAACCUUAUGGAGGAUGGGAGGGGCCAAAUGUGGAGCUUAGAGGUCAUUUCGUGGGCCACUACAUGAGUGCCUCUGCUCAGAUGUGGGCUAGUUCACAUAGUCAAACCCUAUAUGAAAAAAUGUCAUCAGUAGUUGAUGCACUUUAUGACUGCCAGAAGAAAGUAGGCACAGGAUAUCUUUCUGCUUUUCCUCCUGAAUUUUUUGAUCGCUUUGAAGCCAUAAAAAGUGUUUGGGCUCCAUACUACACCAUUCAUAAGAUCAUGGCUGGCCUUCUUGAUCAAUAUAUAUUAGCUAGCAAUGUCAAAGCAUUGCAAAUGGUGGUGGGGAUGGCUGAUUACUUUGGCAACCGUGUUAAGAAUGUCAUACUCAAAUACAGUAUAGAAAGACAUUGGACGUCCCUCAAUGAAGAAACUGGUGGCAUGAAUGAUGUUCUUUACAGGCUGUACAGUAUUACGAACGAUCCAAAGCAUGUGGUAUUGGCUCAUCUUUUUGACAAACCAUGUUUUCUUGGUUUGCUUGCAGUGCAGGCCGAUAGCCUUUCUGGUUUCCAUUCAAAUACACAUAUCCCAGUUGUUAUAGGAGCACAAAUGCGAUAUGAGAUCACGGGUGAUCCACUUUACAAGGAGAUUGGUGCAUUCUUUAUGGACAUCGUGAAUUCUUCCCACAGCUAUGCAACAGGAGGAACCUCUGUCAGUGAAUUCUGGUCUGACCCAAAACGUCUGGCAGAUACACUAAGCACAGAAAACGAAGAAUCUUGUACAACUUACAACAUGCUUAAGGUAUCUCGAAACUUAUUUAGAUGGACGAAGGAGAUGGCUUAUGCUGAUUAUUAUGAGAGAACAUUGAUGAAUGGUGUGCUAAGCAUUCAAAGAGGAAGGGAGCCUGGGGUGAUGAUUUACAUGCUUCCGCAGGGCCCUGGACAGUCAAAGGCAAGGAGCUACCAUGGGUGGGGAACAAAGUUUGAUUCAUUUUGGUGUUGUUAUGGAACAGGAAUAGAAUCAUUUUCAAAACUUGGAGAUUCUAUUUAUUUUGAGGAGAAAGGGACUACACCAAGCCUUUAUAUAAUACAGUAUAUAUCAAGUUCUUUUAAUUGGAGGUCUGCAGGGGUUGUACUCAGUCAGAAGACAAAAUCUGUUUAUUCAUUUGACCCUCAUCUCCAAAUUUCGAUAAGAAUCUUGACUAACCAGUCAACUAGUCAAUCUUCAACUUUGAACCUGCGGAUGCCAUCUUGGACAUCUUUAGAUGGUGCAAAUGUGACUCUGAAUGAUCAAAACCUGCCACUUCCAUCUCCUGGAAACUUCCUGUGUGUUGCCAGAAAUUGGACUUCAAAUGACAACUUGACCCUUGCGCUGCCUCUCAAAUUAAGGACGGAACCCAUAAAAGAUGAUCGGCCGGAAUACGGUUCUCUGCAGGCAGUUCUUUUUGGUCCUUACCUUCUUGCAGGCCUCACCAGUGGAGAGUGGGACAUAAAAACAUGGAAUUCCAGCUCCAUCGCGGAUUGGAUCACUGCGGUUCCAGCCUCGUAUAAUGGUCAGCUGGUGUCCCUCAUCCAGGAGGCCAACGGGAAGAUUUUGGUCUUCUCCAACUCGAACGGUUCGAUAACGAUGGAGGAGUGGCCGGCGGAAGGGACGAAUUCAGCCGUCCAUGCCACGUUCAGAGUCAUCUUCCAAGACUCUAAUCGCCCGCAUUUCCUAGCUACCAAGAAGAUGAAGACGGCGACGGCAACGGCGACGGCUCAGAAUGAUGCGACAUUGGAGCCGUUUGAUCUUCCGGGGAUGGUGGUGGCGCAUCAAGGGCCGAGCAAUGGCCUCGCAGUCUCAACUGCUGCUACCGCAGAUUCUAUAUUCAGUGUGGUCCAAGGGUUGGAUGGGAGACAGGACACGGUGUCCUUGGAGUCGAGCAGUCAGCGAGGGUGCUUCGUGUCCGGUGGAGUCGAUUACUCUGCCGGAACCAAGGUUCGACUCAUCUGCUCCUCGAACUCGGACGUGGCGUUCCGGCGGGCGGUCAGUUUCACUCCUGUUUCCGGGUUAAAGCAGUACAAUCCCAUCAGCUUCGUGGCAAAGGGAGCGAAGCAGAACUUUGUGCUGGAGCCAUUGUUGAGCUUGAGAGACGAGACAUACACCGUCUACUUCAACGUCGGAGCUUGAAACUCCAAGGCAUGUUCAAUAAGAAGAGCAACAUCAGGGGGUUCAUGCUCGUCCUCCAUGUACCUCUAAUUCGCACCGUUGAUAGCGUUAUUCUGGACAAAGAGGGGUACCAUAAGAUCCACUGGAACUAAGCCUAAUGUUUUGGAGUCAUUAUUGGGUUGAAGAAUAAGAACAGGAAUUGGGAACUCCGACUCCAGCA